AUGUACAUCUUUGUACUGUUAUUGUAUUCGUACUCGGUUUGUGUACGAGCGAAAGUAAGUGAUACUCAUCAGUUUUUUUACUUUUAUCACCCAGAUGUUACAGUAGCAGUCAAAAACUUAAAAGAUAAAUUUUAAGUUUACUUACUUAAAAUGUGUAACAUGUCAUAAAGUUAUAAGUAACAUUUUCAGAGUGAUGUUCCAGCCUCUUAUAUUCAAAUUGACUGGUAUAACUUGAUUCCCUCGGGCGCGGUGUGCCGCCACUUCCAGCUCGAAUACUACCCACCUACAGGAUCUCCACCAUCACAUUCUCUCUUCGCCCCUCAAGUACUAAACGUCACCAUCGAAGAUACUAUCCCAGCCACAGAAUAUUAUGUCAAUGUAACUGCCCUGGUCGAGCCUGGAUACAAACGGCUGUUACUCAGUAAUCUGCUCAUAUCUUGUAAGUUUUUUAUUUUUUUGUUAACAUUUGUUCCAGAUUAUUGUGUUACCUGUAGUUUGGUGUAUUAAACUAACUUUUAGGUAUUGAGCAAUGUUACUUUAUUAAGAAUAUUUUUAUUUUUAGAUUCAGUAUAAUAGACUGGUAUUUGCAAUCGUAUGUUUAGUUACUAUAACAUCUUUUAGGCCCUCCCAAGCCAAUCUUAGAGUAUUUGAAGCCAGACUCGACCGGCGUGACCUUUGCCAUGCUCUCGCCCAUCAAAGCAGGUAUCUCUUACUACGUGGAAUACUACGAAGCAGCGGACAGCGACCAAGCCAGCUAUGUCGAGACUAGCCAGAGUGCCCUGAGGAUAAAGGGCUUAUCACCUAACACAAGGUACGAACUGAAGGUGGUGGCCCUGUUCCGAGGAACUCCGUCCAUUCAACCGCUCACCGUCCAAUUUAAAACCAAAGGUAAACAGUUACUUCGUAUGUUGUUUGCGGUUGUGAGCGACGCAUUAACCAUGUUCUUUUGUAGAAAUACCACGCUCUAACGAGAACAAACACCGCCGACCGGUUAAGCCGUUCCAGUACAAUCAGAAUAGUCAGGUAAAGAUAAAAGGGCAGUAAAUAGGUGCAGUGUAGAUAUAUAUAGACAGUAGAAACAACAGAUAUAUGCUUAAAAGGAGUAUAAUAUGUAAAUAUUACUGUUCUAUAACAGUACAAGACAAAAUAUACGUUUCAGGGAGUAACAUCACCAUUCACACUGUAUCAACCAAACCAACAACCACAGUAUCCUCAACAUCACAGUAUACCUGCAGCACCUUCUCAACAGUACGGUAUACCAUCAGUACAGUACCAAGUGAACCAGCCGACUGCUCUGAAUGGGUACCAAAGUGUAAAUCAACUCUCCCAAAAGAUACCAAACCUUCAAAGUAAUGUAGGCUAUGUCAUUCCAACAACUACAGUAAGCUCUUUAAAUGAGUACGAUCGAAUAGUACAACAAAUUCUGGGUACUACACCACCAUACGUAGCUGGUACGACAUCUUCCUAUGGUACUACACCUUCGUUUGUUGUAGAACCAAAUGUUCACAGUAUAGUUGAUAACAGCUACAAAUACAGUAAUCAGUCGGCCUUUUACAGUAACCCAGCAUUACAGAACCAGUUAUACGGUAAUCCAAAAGCUGUAAGUCUUCAGACCGAGAAUACUGUAAACAACCCUUCUGUCGACUUAAACCAACAACAGUCUAGUUAUGGUACUGUAGAGCAGUCUACAAGCUACAGUAACAACAAUCAACAUUUAAUACCACCAAGUAAACUACCUGACUUAACAGUAAAACCGCAGAGUGAUGUGUACCCAGUGUUACCUAAUCGAUGGCCAGAAAGUGCACCAGAAGCCGUUAUUGGAAGGGUACCAGACACUCCUAGUGCACCAUUGUUCAAAGUGAAAUCAUUUCAAAUAGUACCAGAAGCACCAUUCGUUGAGAAAACUCAAGAGGUUCCAAACGUACCAUUAUACAAAGUAGAACCUUUUGACAAGACACCAGAAGUACCAGUUGAUAUAAUAGUACGAGGACCAGCGGUACCCAUUGAUACAAUGGUUAAAGUGCCAGAAGUACCAGUUGAUUCAAUAGCAAAUGCACCAGCUAUCAAAACUGUAAAUCAGCCAAAGUCAGAGUCAAGUGGUACUGUAAAAGAUGGUUACUUUGCAGUAUUUGUAACUGCUUCAUUAGGUACUACAACAACUACAGUACCCCCACUAGUCCAAAAUAUGGUUACAGUAACCAAUCCAGAAGUUAUUCCCAAGGAUAAUUUUGAAGAUAAAGUAGAAGUAAAGGACAAAGCAGAUAAAAACAUAGAACCCUUUACCAUGACAUACACAGUAACCCAAGCCACUACUACCGUACCAUUGAUCGUAUUCACAAAAACAACUACAGUAACCCCAGUGACAAAAGAGAUCGAUGGAGAAGAUACCGUAGUAGGUAACGACUUUGUAGAAUAUACUACUCCAAAGAGUACCAGUACCACUGCUACUAGUGCCAUUCUGAUCGUAGAUGCUCCAGAAGACCUUGGCUACGUAGACCCCAAAGAUCCGAAGACAAAUAAAGACAGUAAAGAUGAGGUGACCUUUGUGGAUGAAGAUACCAUCAAUGACAAUGUUAAAGAUACGACGACAGACAAAGGUACAGUAGAAGAGAAACAAGAUACUGUAGUCAAAGAAGAAGAGGACGACAAGAUUACUGUAACACGAGAACAUCAGAAGAUACGCUUGGACUGGACUAUUCCAGAAACAGUAUUCUGCGACAACUACCUGAUUAACACGACCGUCGUAUCUUUGAAGAUACCGAAGAGUUUCACCGUAGUAUCUCAGAAUACAAACAGCUAUAUCAAGAUGUACAACGGCCAUCUUGUCUUAGUCAGAGUGUCAUGUAUGUUGGAGAACUCGGUAUCCAACACCUGGUCUGCUCAAAGAUACGUCGACUUCAGGAGUAAGUUAACGCCUAAAGCAAUAUUAGCAGGAGUUCCGAAGUUAAAUGUUUGUUAUGGUUAUUGCUAUUCAUAAUUAUGUCUAUUAUUCAUAAUAAAGUAGACUUUUUAAUGGUUUUGCCAUUUCAGAGCCAGAACCAGUAAAAGGACUUCACAUACGAGAAGUUACUACGGACGAGUUCUACGUGGCUUCUGUAAUAUUGGAAAUCGACGAGGUAUCAGACACGAAUAACAAGUACGAUGUCAUUGUUACAUGGGGAUUGGGAAAAGUAAGUGAAAUACUCCAAUUUACUUUGUCCAAAUGUUUAGGUAUACCACUACUUUCUUUUCAAAACGCUCAAUUCCUUAUUUUGAAGCAAUGUUUAACGUAAAACAAUAUAAAUCACAAAUGUUUUACAUCAAUUCUGGUCGAAAACUGUUUUGCCAAAAACAAAAUAUUGUAAUUGGAGCAGAAUGCCAACAACUUUUAGUUGGAAAGUCGUUUCAAAGCGCAAGACAAUGUCUCAUGUCGCUUUAUUUCUGAAAAAAAGUUAAAAAUAAGGAACUGAUUCAUGGCCUAGUUAGUAAUUUACAUUUCUUUUACUGUUUACAGAUUUAUUAUUAAUUUACAUCAAACGUUUUUUAAUACUAUUAUUUUUAAACCGUGUUUUCGAUAUUAUCCUUGACGUUAUUUUAGAAAGUGAUCUCCACAAAUCAGCUCAGCUUCACAGGUCAAUCUGUUUUCAAUGUCAGUGGACUAGAACCAGCACGAUUGUAUACAUUCUCUAUCAGAAACGUGUCUCGAGACACCAGUAUAGAAAGUGCUCCAAUUGGGAUUCGUCAAAUUACUGGUAAGAUCAAGUUACUUUUAACAAUUUCAAAGACAAUAUGAAUCCUUUGAAAUUAUACUUUUAAGCCUUUGUAAUAUAAGUGGACUGUACCCAAAUCAAAUUAAAAUAGUUAUUACAUGUUUAUUUCUAAUGAAUUGUUUCAGCACCAAUAAUAACAUCGACUUUGUAUCCUGGACAAAUCUCAUCGUAUGCCAUUAAUGUCAACUACGAUGACAGUGCGCCGGAGCAUACCUUUGAACACUACGAGCUUAUGUUUAUUGGGAAUAGCAAGAACAUCACCAAGAAGUUGGCCAAGAAAGACCCGAAGACCUUUACCUUCAACAAGUUGAUACCUGGCAAGACCUAUACCUUCAUAUUGUAUACUGUGUACAAGAAUGUGAAGAGUCGACCGGUAACUCAGGAUAUAACUACUUGUAAGUCAUAUUUAUUCUAUUGAUAAUUGUGAUUAGUUUUGUUAUAUUAUUUGUUUUUGGUUUAGAUUAUUAACUUAUAUUGUAGUAGAUUAGUGUUUUCGUAUAAAUUUAUACAUUUGAUAUUGUCUAUGUUUAGAUCCUUUGAAAGCGAGGAAGUUUAAUGCUAUGGUAGGCCCUGGUUACGCUACAUUAACAUGGGAAGUCGAGAACGUUGCCAACAAUGAUUGUCAGUUCAGAUUAGAGUAAGUUGCUUUUGUGUCUAAAGUGUUUUUGUUUUGUUUAUAAAGUAUUGUAACCUUAAGUUACUUUACGAACUAAUACUGGUUUGAUGUACAAUCUUAUCUAAUAUAUGUUUCUCAAUAUUGGAAAUGUUGUUUUUGUUGCUAUAUAACUUUAGAUACGCUUCGACGUCGAACAGCGGGAUACAGAAGUCGCAGAAGGUGAAGUUACAAGACGUAAACAUGUACAGGUUUACUGGGUUACACUUUGACACUUACUACACAUUCACAAUUACAGUAUUAAUGGGAAAAGGCGACGCUGUAGCGGAAUCUGAAUCAGAAAUGAUCACGGUCGGAUUCAAGUCACGACGUAAUACUUUAAUUGAGUUGUCCUUUUUUGUAAAAUAUAAUAUAUAUGACAAAUUGUAAUUAUGGUAUAUAUGAUAGUUUUAUAUUUUUUGUGGUAUUUUUCAUGGUUAUCUUGUAAUUGAUAUACAACUUAUAAUGUAAAGUAAUAUUGGUUUUUCAGCUACUUCAUUCCCCACAUUGAAGCGACAAGGGAGUCGCGAGAUGUUGUUAACUUUUGAGAACGAUCCUCGACUCUUCGCAGAUACAAAUGGUGUUGUGGAUAACUUUGCUGUUAUUGUCACUCAAGAUCCAGAAGUAAGUUCAUCUAGGCUAGAAAACCUACUGUAGAGAACUUGCAUUGUAACCCUAAAGGCUUUGUUAUAGUUGAGCUACUUAAGAAAAUUUAAUUAGCUUUGUCUUGACUUAAUAUGUGAAUUUAGCUUGGAGGAGAUGGAUACGAACUCAAGAGUUACUAUGACAUAAAGGACGAGGAAGUGUGGCCAGCUUACCGUACCUCCCACUCUAAUUACAAUCCCUUUAAGCGAGGGUCUUCUCGAGUUGCCACUUUUGUCAUCGGCGAAGAAGAUUGCGACAGAAGGAAGUUGAACGAAACUGUAGGUUUUGUAUAUACUAUAAUAUAUAUAUAUAUUAACAUUAGAGUUAACUGUGUAUGGUACUGUAUUUAAUAUGUUGCUUUAGUACUGUAAUGGUGUUCUGAAAAGUCACGUCGAUUACUACGCAAAGGUACGAGCUUACAUGGUGACGAACAUAGCGAUGGAAACAGAAUGGGUAUCAGUGAAGGGUGUUGUCGAUGAUACUCCACAUGAAAGUGAGUAA